AUGGAUUUCUAUGGCGUUGCAGCUAAAAGCAUUCUACAGUUUAUCUGUCAGUUCCCUACAUAUAUCGUCCUGAGCUUUAUCGGAUUACCUAGUGACAAAUCCACCGACAAGUCGGUUAUCUUCACCAAUGUAAAAGAUCGUGAACUUUUGAAACCUCUAAAGAAGUCAUUGCACAACUGCAAAAUUUUGAUAGAAAUGAAAAAAAUGGAAAAGGUGAUCCACUUCCGGUUUUCGGAUGACGAUGUUGUCAUCUGGCAUCGAACUACCGGCUUUACGGUCAUGCUUCUAUUGCCGGCUUACGUUCGAAUGAAUCUUGCAUCUUUGGCAGCAGCCAUCAUGACGGCAGCCACAUGCAUCGUUUGCAGCCAUGGCCAACAACACUACGACUGCCCCCUACCCCAGCACGUCAGCCCCUGUAGUUGUGUUGAACGUUCUCACGGACUUGAUGUCACGUGCGCAGACAUCAGCUCAAUUCAGCUCCGUGAAGUCUUGGAUGUCGUUGGACUGACGAGGCAGACACUUUGGUUCAUGAGGAUUACUCGAGCUGAGCUUUUUAUGUUCCCGAAAAACCUUCUAGAUGGAUUAGACAUCCGAAACUUGAUCAUUGUACAGUCCAACAUUUCUGCUUUGGAACAGAACGUCUUCACCGGUGAUGCGUCAAAAAUAGAAUCUCUAGACCUCGCCAUGAAUUGUCUGGACCGUGUUCCAACGAGGGCACUUUCCACCCUGAAAUCACUUGCCGCUCUCAGUUUGGACAACAAUUUAAUCGAGACUUUAGAAGCCCACGCAUUCAGUAAACUUGAAUCCUUGCUGUGGCUGUCUUUGUAUGGAAACAAAAUCAGGCUAAUAGACAGUCGUGCUUUUCUGGGGACUGAAGCUAGUUUGACACGACUCAAUCUGGGCGGCAACCGCUUGGGCCAAGUGCCUCGUUACGCAUUGCAGAGACUGAACUGUUUACAAGGAAUGAGACUGCAUGAAAACAACAUAUCCGAAAUUUUGGUCGAAAAUCUUCCAGUUUCCUUGUGCGACCUUGAUUUAUCGGGAAAUGACAUAGUGGAAUUAGAACCUGAGUCUUUUGUUACUUUGAAACAUUUAUCUGCUCUCGAUCUAGAGGACAACAGAAUACGGAGCAUUCAUCCGGAUGCAUUUCAUGGUGUUCAUGAUUCCCUGGAAUGGCUUAAAUUAGGCGGAAACCAGCUAACUUCUAUACCCCAUUCUGCGUUCCAAAAUUUUUCUCGCUUAAGGCAGCUAGAUCUUCGUUGUAACUUAGUCACAAAAGUCUCGCUGAGGUCUUUUGAAGCUUACGGAAAGAGUCUGAAGUUCAUAUUUUUGCAAAAGAAUAGCAUUCAGACGAUAGAAGAUGGUGCUCUAGAUGUAUUGGAAUCAGCACAGUGGUUAUAUCUUCAUUCAAAUCAGCUGACGGAAUUAAAAUAUGACACAUUCAAAUCUGUGAUUGACAAUUUGCAUGUACUGGAUCUUCAUGAUAAUCCGUUUGCUUGUGAGUGUGACACAUUGUGGUUCCGAGACUGGUUAGUAAGUAAAGGACAAAACGUGGUAAAUCUUCCAAAAGAGACAAAAUGUGCUGCUCCUAAACAGCAUGCGCAGAAGCCCAUCGUCAAACUGGCCAACAGCAGUUUUGCCUGUUCGUGUGCUUUUGGACUAACUAGCGCACCGACCAAUACCUUUGGAGUAUUUUCUCUGAUUUUCCUGUCAAUUUUCAUGUUUUUUAUGUGUAGAUAAUAAAAAAUAAUUAAACACACUUUUAUAAUGAUAUUUGAAUGAUAUACAUUUUUAAUGGUGAAGAAAUAAGAACUUCAAUAUCAAAAUAAAGGAAUACUGGAGAAGUUGAAAAAGUCUUGUACCAAUCUUAGCAAUUUUCGUUCCCAUUGCUGUCAAUUAUUUUACAAAAACAAUGCCACAAAACUACGAUAAAAAUAUUUUAAUUUUAAUAUUCAUAUGUUUAAUAUACCUUAAAUUACGUUUUUUUAAAAAUGUUAACACAUAUGUAUCAUUGAUCCAAAAGUGAAAUGCAACAUGUUUCUUUUUUUUUUCUUUUACUAUCCGGAAAGGAUUUCAUUCUGAACUCUUCCGUACGAUAUUUACUAUUGAUAAUUUAAAGUUAUUUUUAUUUAUUUUUUAAUUCGUUUAUUGUAAUCUCUUGUGUGAAAAAAGUAAGGCAUAUAAUCUGUUGAUGCCUUUCAAAAAGAAUAUAAAUAAAUAAACUUCGAAUUGAAACUAGAAAAGUUUUGAAUCUGAAAUGAAUUUCUACUAAAAACGUUUUAAUCUACGAUUUUUAUUAAACUGUACAUAUUACAGAUCUAUGUAUUUUAUCGCUGCUUGUUUACUUACUGAAUUGAAAAAGGAGCCAAAAAAAGGCAUUUACGAAUUUCUUCAAAACUGUUUUUGAUUAAUUCUAUAGAAUUCAUGAACAUGCUAUUAUUAAUAACUUUAAAUAUAGCAGAGUAAUUAAAUGAGCAACUGUACAAGUUGAAUCAGAUUUUCUAAAACAGAAAUUUAAAACGAAAUAUUUAAAUUAAAAAAAAAACGCGACCGGCAGUUUAAGCAGGUUAAAUAAUCGUAAUCAAAAAGUUUUAUUUCUCUUUUUCUUUACUAUUGAACAUCCAAAACUACAUAAAAAUCAAAAAUAAAGUUUUGUACAUGAUAUUUGUUUUUUCAACUGCUUUGAGCUUCAAUGCACAAUAUUUUCUGUGUAGAAGUACUACGUGUAUGUUUCGUCUGUCUUUGUUACAUGUAACUGUACUAAUUUGUAAAAUGUGUCUGUCAUUUGUACAUAUCCAAUCACGCCAAUGAGAAAUGUACUAAACAUUAUGCGUGAUACUAUCUUCUUUUAUAUUUUAUCACAUUUAUGUACAUAUUAAUGAAUAUAAAUAUAUUAUAUAUAUACAUAUAAAAUGAACAUAUCCUUGUUGUACCAUUAGCAAUAAA